AUGGAAAUGCCUAGCACCCACAUGCAUGAUGAAGAACAAGGAUUUGGCAUGGACGAUCAUGAACCUUUAUUAUUGGAUCCUCGUCGGCGACAUUCGAAGUAACUUUUGCCGCUUAUUACCUUUUUUUAUUUUUAGCAGGAUACCGGUCAUUGGAAUCAUUGGACUCAGUUUUAUUUUCUUUUUUGUUAUCUCUACGGUCUUCUUCGGGGCAUUGUAUUACAAGAAGGUGAAAGAUGUAAGGAUAAUUCUUGUUUCUUCUGUAACUUUUGGCGCUACGACUUUUCGGGUCGACGAUACUUUGGGUUGACUUUAUUUGUCGUUCUAUGCAUGGAAAACGCAAGCAGAAGGCUUAGUUAAUAGAAAUAAUAAGAUUGAUCGGGCCCUAGGUUUUGAGCAUGGUCGCUUGAACGGUUAAUUCUACGUUCAGUGGCAUUAUCGCAUUUUUGAAAUUUGCCCUUAGGGCAUUUUUAUGCUUGUUGCAAGGACCAAACUUUAGCAGAAAGAUGACAGGGAAAAAUUAAACAGUAUUUUCAGUCAGCAUACCAUCUUCAAUACGUACGAAUUUAUUUUUGUAAUAAUGCAUGCGCUCGCUAGACCCGCGUAAAUGUCACACACUAAAAAUAUCGAAAAAAUCGGCGUCCGAUUCAUUCCAGAAAAGUACAGAACGCUGUGCCAUGUACAGGGUGGGCCACUCGAAGCUGACAAGUUGUUUCUUUGAAUUUCUCCGCGGAGACUCCGCCGAUUUUUCUAAAAUUCAGAUUUUUCUGGAGCUGAGACCCGCCAUUUUCAACCGACUGAAUUUCAAAAAAACAUAUUUUAAAUUGACCUUUCCAUGCCUCCUCAAAGUAUUGAAAAAUUAUUUUCAGGCCGAACCCGCUAAAACUUAGAAAAUUUUUGGAAUGAUUUUCAAUUGACUUUCUCGGACUUGGAAAAUUUUUGGUUUUUUGGGGGAAAUCGUGGAGUAAAAAGCUGCUAGUAGUCGCCUUAAACUUGUUUAUAGCAAGUUGAAAGCCACAAGAGGGUUGUUUGUAUUACCAUUAGGGCACGAACAUUAAAAAAAAAAAAAAAAAAGAUUUCAAAAAGAUUGAAAAAUUCGACGUCACUGGUUAUCGAGUCAGGCCUGGGGCAUCUUGAAGCUCAGAACCCGGCUUGAUUGAAGUUUUAACUUUAAAAACCAUAUCCACGAUACGCAAUUCUAGCUGCGCAUGACUCUCAAAGGCACUGCAAGUUUGUGAUGUUAGAGGAGGUGAGCAUAAUAACUCAGAGAGAAGCAUUAAUAAUCAGAUUGUUAAAUAAAAUUGUUUUCGGAACAAUAUUUGAUAACUAUCUGAGGUAAAACAAAGAAAAUUUCACCCAAGAACUCGGAAAAAUGACCAAGUUUCCAAAAUCAUUCCAAAAAUUUUCUAACAAGGGAAGUACUUGAAGUGUGACGCUCAGAUUUUGAUGAAACUUGGCAUAAAUUUAGAAUAAUUUUUUCUAAGAUAUAUGCGAGAAUCCUAGCUCGCGCUUUACAGAAACAACCGAGAUUUUUAGAUCAAAAGUCGGCGAAAAUUUAGGACUUUUUGCCGAAUUUCGGCACGAAAAGUUUCAUGCCUAUUUCAACUGUAAAGGAUAAUGUUUCUACAAAAAAUCAAAUUUUUCCGCACGAAACUGCCAAAGUUAUGGCCAAAAAGCGCUUUUCUCUCUGACCGCUCUCCACGUUUAGUGUGCUCUCUCGGCGGCAAAAAUCGUUCGAUAUCUCGGCGGCGCCCGCAAAGCGCGAGCUAAAACUUUCAGGAAUUGAUAUUUAGUCCAUACCCGAUGUGUGUGCAAAAUUUAAAGAAAAUCUGAGCGUCACCCUUGAAGUACUUCCCCUGUAAGUUUUAGCGGUUUCGGCCCGUUCUCGGAGGAUAGGUUACCCCUAACAAAUAGGUUACCCCAGCGGAUAGGUUACCCCACCGGAUAGGUUACCCCAAGUUUCGGAUAGGUAACCUCGGAGGAUAGGUUACCCCACGGAUAGGUUACCUCGGAGGAUAGGUUACCCCGAGGAUAGGUUACCUGAAAAAAAAAAUUUUUUUUGAAAUGUUUUCGCUUCGGGAGUUGGAAAAAAGGAUUUUUUGUGAAAUUUGAAAAAAAUUUGAAGUGUUUUCGCUUCGGGACUGGGAAAAAAAAGAAUUUUUUGGAAAACUCAACAAAAUAUUUUAAUCUUUUCGCAUCGGAAGUAAAAAAAAAAUUGUGUGUGAAUGAAUAUUAACUUUGGUGCCGCCAGCACUAAAAUUUUGUCUAAAACCAAUGGUACCACCUGGUACUAUAUAGUACCACGUGUAUUUGGGCUCUACUAAGCACCAAACCAUCACCAUUACUGCCUUACGGCCAAAUUUUCACUUCUCACAAAACAGUACCAGUUGGUACUAUAUAGUACCAAGUGUUAAAACGUGUUUUUGGGUUCUACUAAGCACCAAACCAUCACCAUUACCGCCUUACGGCCAAAUUUGCACCUCGUACUAAAUAGUACCAGUUAGUACUAUUUAGUACCAAGUGUUAAAAAUGUGUUUUUUAAGCAGUACUAGGCACCAAAACAACACCAUUAACGUCUAAAAGUGUUAUAAGUCGAAAAAAUUUCAAAAAGAAUCCCUAAAGGUAGUAAAGUAACAGAAACCCAGUUUUCAUAUUCAGUCAGUUCAUACUCACAAGGGAUCGGCAAAUAGUUGCAACCUUUAAUCUUAACAAAACAUAUAACGUUUGAAAGGGCAUUAAAAAUAGCGCACAACGCAAGAAAAAUUAGCUGCCUAAUUUAUGUUUGGACAAAGUUAUGGCCGUUUUAUGAAAGUGGUUACAUGCGGCCAAAACGCCGGUUUCUUAUAUUACAGUAAUCCUGCCGGUUUGAAAUCGUCUCCACUUUUCUAGUAUCUAAAAACGUCUAUCACGAUCGUUUUAUGGCUCUACCAAUCCUCGGUUAUGAGUUAUUAGACAUUACUGCAUGUUCCAAAAAAUUGUAAAUAAAACUAGGUUAAUGAGAAAAAUGGAGCUAAAAGCUUUGGAAAUACAUUUAUAUGAUCGUUGUGGUUUUAGUUCACAAACUAAAAUCUCAAAAUUAAAAAUUUCUUAUGUCCUAGCCCUACCAACGGUUUAUCCACUGUGCCAGCAAAUCUUUUGCCCGAUUUUACAAUUUUCUCUUCGUAUUUUUUCGAAAAAAAUGUGUAUUUACAGGUCCUAGUAAAUUUAAUUCACGUCCAAUAAUUAUAAUAGGUCAGACUACUGGUAUGACACCCUUGUAAUUAUAUGAUAGUGGUAUCCCCACUCUCAUCACCAUCAAAUUUGUGGUCGUUUCAAAAAAGGCCAAAAAUUCAGAAAAAUCCCGUAAAAAUGAAUUUUGUCUGCGAAGGAACGCAAAUUGUUUAAAAAUAUCAACAUACCAUGGUUUUGUGGCGUAUAAGAUACGAAAUGCAAAAAAAUUGCGGAGCCCGGGUUCGAAACCACGACCUGUUUCGCCGGAAGUAGGGGUCGCUACCACUCGGCAAACUGAACACGACUCCGUUGCGGCUCCAAGAGCUUAUAAAGUGACGCGCGAAAUUAGGCUAAAAUCUGUAUUUUGGCCAUAACUUUGUCCAAACAUAAAUUAGGCAGCUAAUUUUUUCUUCCUUACACACAACUUUUUAAGCUCUUCCAAAUGAUAUAUGUUUUGUUAAGAUUAAAGGUUGCAACUAUUUGCCGAUCCCUUGUCAGUCAGCUCGAAAAAAUUUCAAAUUUUAUUCAAAUUUCACAAAAAAUCCUUUUUUUCCAAGUCCCGAAGCGAAAACAUUUAAAAAAUUUCUCAAUUUUCACAAAAAAUCCUUCUUUUUACACUCCCGAAGCGAAAACAUUUCAAAGAAAACAUUUUUUUUCUUUUUUUGGUAAGGGGUAACAUAUCCGUGGAGUAACCUAUCCGGUGGGGUAACCUAUCCGUGGGGUAACCUAUCCGGUGGGGUAACCUAUCCUCCGAGUUAUGUGUUUUUUGGGGUAACCUAUCCGGUGGGUAACCUAUCCUCGGGGUAACCUAUCCUCCCCAAAUCGUUUCGGCCUGCAAAUAAUUUUUCAAAACUUUGAGAAGGCAUGGAAAGGUCAAUUCAAAAUAUAUUUUUUUGAAAUUCAGUCGAUUGAAAAUGGCGGGUCUCAGCUCCUGAAAAAUCUAGUUCACUUUGCACUGUGCAAUUUUUGGCUUUUUGCACUGUGCAAUAGGCUUUUUCGAGCUGUCGCUCGCACCGUGACUUUUUUCGCACAGUGCAUGUCGCCGAUUUAAGUCCGGCGACUUUCCGGACGGCACCACGACAUUUCCGGAAUUUGGACACUUCCGGAAUGGCGGAAUAGUGACACUUCCGGAAUGGCGGAACAGUGACACUUCCGGAACCGGGGAAAAAUCAAAGAAGAGGCUUAGACCUGCCAUCUGAACCAUCUGACUGGAUUUAUUGUUAUUAAUCUCAAAAAUUUUGUUAUUUUUUUUCUGAUUGUUACUUUUUUCUUAAGUAGUAGUGUUAAAAAGUAAUUUUUUGGAAUUUUUCCAAAAAUACUCGAUUUAGGGGUUUUCGAGGGUGCUGAUUUCGAAAAUCAUGUUAGCUUUCCUCUUCAUAGUACUAUCUGGUACUAUACAGUACGAAGUGAAAAUAUGGCUUUUGGCGUUAAUGGUGUUGUUUUGAUGCUUGGUACUCCUCAAAAACACGUUUUAAAUAAUUGGUACUGUUUAGUACUGUCUGGUACUGUGUAGUACAAGGUAAAAAUUUGGCCUUAAGGCGUUAUUGGUGUUGUUCUGUUCCUUAGUACUCCUAUUUUCACCUUGUACUACAUAGUACCAGACAGUACUAAACAGUACCAGUUAUUUAAAACGUGUUUUUGAGGAGUACUAAGCAUCAAAACAACACCAUUAACGCCAAGAGCCAUAUUUUCACCUUGUACUGUAUAGUACCAGAUAGUACUAUGAAGAGGAAAGCUAACAUGAUUUUCGAAAUCAGCACCCUCGAAAACCCCUAAAUCGAGUAUUUUUGGAAAAAUUCCAAAAAAUUACUUUUUAACACUACUACUUAAGAAAAAAGUAACAAUCAGAAAAAAAAUAACAAAAUUUUUGAGAUUAAUAACAAUAAAUCCAGUCAGAUGGUUCAGAUGGCAGGUCUAAGCCUCUUCUUUGAUUUUUCCCCGGUUCCGGAAGUGUCACUGUUCCGCCAUUCCGGAAGUGUCACUAUUCCGCCAUUCCGGAAGUGUCCAAAUUCCGGAAAUGUCCUGAUGCGUUCCGGACGGACUAGUAACCGCCAAAAAGUAAUUUUUGCAAUUUUUUCUCAGAAUACUUGAUUUGGGGCUUAAAAAACGCGAUAACUUGCAAAAUUUUUAAAAAUUAUGGUAUCUUCUCAAAUCUAGGAACAAGCUGCCUUGCCAAAAUGGCCGUCUGCUUCCUACAGUCUCUUAGGAGAAUAUUCAAAAGCAGCUGUGGCCGCAGAUAACGAGUUGUGUUCGGAGAUUGGCCGGGAUGCUCUCCUCAAAGGUGGGAACGCCAUCGAUGCAGCCAUCGCGGCCUUAUUCUGCAUCGGGGUGAUGGAUACACAGAGCGCUGGACUUGGCGGGGGACAUUUCAUGACAAUAUAUAACUCGUAAGUGAGAAAGGAAGGCGGACCUGAUCCAUUCGCCAAAACAUGCAGAUUGGCUCCCGAAAAGGGUCAGAAGUGAUCCUUUUCUUGGGACUUUUGUUACUUCCUGGAACCAAAAUUUUACAUUCUUUACACCGGGAUCAGGUCCGCCACUCUAUUCUGUUUUUUAAUAGGACGACUAAAACAUGUCAUGUUGUGGAUGCGAGAGAACGGGCUCCUCUGGCUUCGUCCCGAGACAUGUACAAGGAUCGAUGGGAGAAGGCCCAGAAAGGUAGGAAAAACUAUUUAUUCGACUAUCGGCAGGAUGGGAGGCUGUCGCUGUUCCCGGAGAGCUGCAUGGCCUCUGGAACGAAUAUUUAAAAUUUGGCGGAAGAUUAAACUGGUCAACUUUGGUGGAACCUACCAUUAAUCUGAUGAAGGAAGGUGAGAAUAAGAGUAAGCUCAAAACAAAUUCAGGGUAUCCAACAUCUCAUGCUAUGGCUAUUGCUUUGAAACAGAAUGAAAAAGACGUUUUGGAAGAGAAAACCAUGAGAAAUCACUUCUUAAAUCCUCAAACUGGAAAAGUUUACAAGGCCGGGGAACAGAUUACAACUCGGUAAGGCCCUUCCAAAGGCCGAAUGUUGAUGACCAAUACUUUCCAGAUUUAAUUUAAUAGAAACUCUCGAAACGAUUGCAUACGCUGAGGAUCCGGUAAAAGAAUUUUAUUCCGGAAGUCUGGCAUCCAGUAUGGUAAAGGAGUUCCGUGAAAAAGGUAGGAAGAAAAUAACAUUUCCAUAAGAAUUAAAGGUGGUAUUAUUACAUUGGAAGACUUUAAUCAAUACAAAUCUAUCAUUAGAAGUGAGGAAGAUGUGAUACAGGUCAGUCUGAAUGACGGUCUGAUUGGUUGCGGCCCUCCUCCUCCAUCAUCUGCUGCAGUUACACUCGCCAUUUUGGGAGUGACUGAAGGAUUCAAACAUAACACAAAGACAUUAAAUGGUUACACAGAACUCUUUCAUCGGUACAUUGAGGCUUCCAAGUUCGCAUACGCCCAAAGAAGUGGUCUAGGGGAUAUGGAUUUCGAGAGGGAUGCUCUGGAUCUGGCCAAGAAUAUCACCGGGAAAGAUUGGUUUGCAUGGGUAAGGUCGAAGAUCGACGAGGUCACCCACGAAGACGCAUAUUACGGUGGGGACUUCCAUAUGGCCGCCCCAGACCAUGGGACCACGCAUAUUAGUGUGAUCGACAAGGACGGGAACGCUGUUUCUGUUACUUCUACCAUUAAUCUAAUGUAAGAUCUGAUGGCUUUUCUUUAUCUGUGCUCAGAUUGGGAGCCAGGGUCGUCUCAGAGUCAACAGGAAUUCUUUGGAACGAUCAGAUGGACGACUUUUCUCUGCCCGGACAUCCAAAUUACUUUAAUAUCCCGCCAAGCCCUGCCAAUUUUAUCAAGCCUGGGAAGAGACCGCAGAGUUCGAUGAGUCCCUUGGUCAUUUUCGAUUCAAAAACAGGGAAAUCGGUAUGAAUGAAGACAUUUCAUCUUCACAUUUUAGCAAAUCUUGAGUAUCGGGGCGGCCGGAGGCUCGACGAUUAUCUCUGGGGUCUCAGGAGUGGCCAUGCACUUGUUGCAGACCAAUCUGGAUGUGAAGCAGUCCAUCGACUUCCCCCGGUUGCAUAAUCAAUUACGUCCCAAUGUAACGCAAUAUGAAGAGAGAUUCCCCAUGGAAUACAUUCAGUCCUUGGAAAAGAAAGAUCACGAAUUCCAGGCAGUCAAGGGUCUUACUGUAGUCACGGCCGUCCACAAGAAGGGAAAGUCCGUUUGGGCAAAUAGUGACUUUAGAAAAGGACCCGAGAGUGAGCCCGCAGGCUAUUAG